CCUGGCCGGCUGGUGCUUCUCCUCCUCCUGCGCCCCCCGCAAUGCAGCUAUUGGGCUCGCCCGGGCUCCCCGCGCUGCCAGCGGUGGGCGAGUCCAAACUCCGCGGGCGGGGGGGGAAGCUGGGUGCCGCCGCUCCCUGAGGGAGGCGUCGCCAUAACGCCCACCGGGGCUGGGGUGGGCUUCCAGCAUGGGGAGCCCCCAGCACCCCGAUCCCUUGGGACACGGGCUGCGCCGGGCCCUGGCUGAGCGUCCCCGAAAGAAGCAGCGGCCGCCCCUCCCUCACCAAGGGGAGAGCUCUCUGCAGUUCCAGCUCUGCUGGCACGAGGUGUUACAGAGGAAGAGUGUGUGUUGCUUCACCUGUGAAGGGCAAACAAGGCUAACUGUGAGGCAGAAGUAGUAUUCCUUGUUUUUCCUCCUGUGGAAAAAGAGAUCUGGAAAGUUGUGAUAGUAACACCUUCAGUUCUCAGAGCUUAGUUUUUAACAGGGCACUAUUUAUGGGCUAAGUAACAGAUUGGGGCCACAUUUGCAUAAGAAAGAUCGAUGCUGCUGUAAAUUACAUCUUGCUCUCUGCAAUACCAUAAUUACACACUGUAUGGUCUGUAAACAUCAUGUUUAAAGACAACUGAGCCCAAGCACAUGCUAACCUAUGUGUGUCUUCAUCUUACCCAUGCAAGCAAAGCCUGUUUCUGGUUGAAGGCACUGUGUAGCAACAGAGUUGGAGUAAUUUUUAGAUUUAGUACAACAGGAUUAAAACUGGACUGCUGGGUUUUUGCCAAAUUCCACAGUAACCCUUAUUGCUUUUAACAAAUACACCUUUGACCCAUUCAGUUGCACUGGCAGUAGCUACUUUGUGCUCCAACCAUGAGUUAGUGAAUUAUAAAAACUACUUACCUUUAGGGUGUUGGUGGCUUUUUUAUUCUCAGGUACAACGAUGAAAAACUUACCUGCAGAAUCAAUGUAUUCCACGUGCUUAACUGAGUAACAGCAUGCACAUACACACGGGGAACACUGCCAGCACUAACAGUGACAUGGCACUGGCUUCACAUGACUUGUCUGGGAGGGGACAGGCAGCUCCUGCUUGGAAACACACCCCCAUUGCCCUUGCCUAAAGCCUCAUAAAGUUUCGACAGCAGUUGUGAAAAGUGAGGAGUUGAACUCUGCUCUGAACAGACAAAAAGACCUCUCCUAGGCUACCAUCAGCAGCUGGUGAGCAAAGAACAGGCAGCCAGAGUUCAAGGGUGCUUGAAAAGAUAUGAUGGAGUCUUUGAGGAAGUCAUUAAAAGGCAAUGUCAUGUCUGUGUGAAGUCCACUGUCAGCUUUUCUAGGAACAGGGGUUCCCCUAAAACCGUGCAGUGCUUGGUAGGACUUCAAACACCACGGCUGGUCCUGUGUCUGUCCACACAGAGUGGCUGAUAUGCAGCUGUUCAGGUGACCAGUUUAUUCCUCCUUUCUGAAACGCUGCAAGCCUCCCAAGAGGCUUCCCUCCAUCAUCAAGAUGGAAACAGACUCUGGAUAUUCCUCCACCACUGAGCUGCAGAAGCAGGGAAAGAAGCUCUCGGAUGCCUUGAGAAUCACUGCCUAUGUCUUCAGUACCGGCCUGCUCAUGUUCACUGCCUUAGUGAACACUGCUUCUUGGUUUAUGCAGAAUAUAACUUUAGGCAAUUUCUGGCAAACAGCAUGGUUGGAGUUCUAUGACCAUAUGGAGGGAGAUGAGUGGACAAUCUUCCUCGUUGGGGCUGCAUUGGUGCCUGCACUUGCUUUCUGGGGCUUCAAUGGAAUCCUUCUGGUGGCUGAUAUAACAGGAAAGCCAACUUUCAUUACUCGCUAUCGCAUUCAGCUGGGCAAGAAUGAUCCUGUGGACAGAAAGAAACUGUGGAAAGCCAUCUACACAGCGCUGGGUAAUCAGUUCUUUGUCUCCUAUCCCAUGCUUGUGCCCAUGUUCUACAUCAUGAAAUGGUGGGAAAACACCUUCAGCAAGGAAUUACCAACCUUCCAAUGGUUUCUUGUGGAGCUAAGCAUUUUUACUGUAGUAGAGGAAAUUCUCUUCUAUUAUACACACAGGCUUGUUCACCACCCAGUGCUGUAUAAGCACAUUCACAAGAAGCACCACGAGUGGACAGCCCCCAUCGGUGUGGUCUCCAUUUAUGCUCACCCAAUAGAGCACAUAGUCUCCAACACUCUGCCUGUCAUGACUGGCCCAAUGAUCAUGGGAUCUCAUAUUGUUUCAAUCUCAGCAUGGUUCUCCAUUGCUCUUGUAACAACAAGCAUUUCUCACUGUGGCUACCACCUGCCCCUCCUGCCAUCUCCAGAGUUCCACGACUUCCACCACCUCAAGUUCAACCAGUGCUAUGGAGUGCUGGGAGUGUUGGAUUUUCUGCACGGCACGGACAAAAUGUUCAGACAGACCAAAGCCUUUGAGAGACACAAGGUCCUGCUCAGCCUCACACCACUCUCUGAAAGCAUCCCAGAGCCACCCAAAAAAGACGAGUGAACCAGCCCAGCAGCUCUUGCCCAGCCUGGUGAUGAGCAGAGUGGGAGACAAUUAUUUAUGUCAAAUAGUAUUUUAAUCAGGAAACAAAUUCUUGUCCACACAUAACAAAUCAUGAAGCUGAAGUUAAAUAUGCUGCUUUGGAACGACUGCACUUUAGCUGCCAUUGUUUUCUAAGACAUUCACAAAACAACCUGCUCUAGAAAUCUAUUUUUGAAAUGUAAUGCUUCGUUUCUCUGUUACUUGUACUGUCCCUUGGUUCCAGCUGCCUGUGUAUGAGCCAGGAGUGUUCUGGACCACAUGGCUCAGGGGUUCUCAUUAUUAAGGUUUUAGCACCAGACUCCACAGGUGAUUAUUUGGCCUCUCUUGUCAGCACUCUAUGGAAACAUCAAAGUCACUCCAUCUAUGUGUGAUACAAUUAAACCAGCUUUUGUGACUGAGCACCUGGGACACAUGAUGCAGCUCCAUUGAAAAUCCCUGGGGCCACAGCUUUAGAAACACCCCCCUGCACAUGCAACAAGGGCCUGACUUCCUGUGAGCAGUUAUGCACAGGAGGUAGUAGAGGGCUGAACUGGGUCUGCCACAGCCUCAUCACUGAUCCACAGACAGCUGCAAAGGGAGUUUCCCCUUGUGGGACAUGGAAGGAGGGCUGGGAGCUGAUGUGCUUCAUGGCAUCACCUCCUCCUGCUGAGUCUCACCUUGCUCCGAGAUACAACCGAAAUUCUAAUAAAUUCUAGAGAUUUUCCAAGGAAAGCAGAGUCCCUGCUGUCCUAAGCUGUGUGGAGAUUAAGGAACCCCUCUAAGAAAGGACCCAAGAAAGCAGCCCCCAGAACAAUAUGCACAGGUACCCACAGACCAUCCAAGACACUGUAAAUUCUCUCAAGGAUCUUCCUAAGUCUCAGUCCUGCCUGGGGGCUUGGAAGAAAAACACAUUUCCCCCAGUGCUAGAGCAACCCCUCGAGGAACAGGCACACAGGACUGACCUGUGCUGCAAUGACCAUUGGUCAGCCCAGCCCUACCUGUGGAGCCAAAGUCACUUCCCCAGUGCUCUCUGGUCCCCACAACUGCACCAGGAUGAACCCAGUCAUCCACCUACAGUUCCCUAGGGAGGGCAAGUCAGCAGAACAGAAAACCCAGGCACCACUGUCUUUUGAACUUUUUAUUUUUAUACAUUUUUUUUGUAUUAAAAAGGAAAAAGCAUAAUUACCACAAAUUACAAAGGACUAAAGCAUUACUAGAAUAAUGAAUCACAUCAGCCUAGAAAGCAGAUACUCUGAAUAAUAUUAAUGUUAUAAUACAAGCUCUCAUUCAAGUAUUUUACAUUUUUCUCUUUUCCUUUUAUACGUGAUGAUGAUCCUAGCACAUGGGUCAAAGAUUAUGUACUAUCGACAGAGAUGGAUCAUGUACAGCAGGCCGUAUUAACAAGAUUUUCCUCCCAAGUGA